UGAGUGACGACCUUUUUUUUUUUUUUUUUUUGCCCCUUCCCGGAAAUGAAGUAUCUCCUUGCCGAGGCUCAGUUGGACGUUAGAGAUUCGUGUGGAGUCCCAGCACAUUUCUGCCACAGAACCUGAAAGAACCAUGGUGUGCAUUCCCUGUAUAGUCAUUCCCGUUCUGCUGUGGGUCUAUAAAAGGUUUCUUGAGCCAUAUCUCUAUCCCAUCAUCUCACCUUUCAUCAAGCGCAUUUGGCCAAAGAAGGCAGUGCAAGAAGGGACAAAACAAGAACAAAGGGGCAGCAUGGAAAGUAGGCGUGAGUUGUACGAGUCCUCCAUUCAGGGGUCUGAACUUUCUAAAACUGAAAGCAAUGGCAUCGCAAAUGGAUUUGCUGGAAGUGGACAUCCUGAGGUUUCUGAUAAAAAGGCUGACUAAGCUUGUGCAUGGGAUUGUGGAUGCUGUAGGAAAUGAACUGAUGAUGCUGUCCCCAGCUUGGAAAUUUAACUGCAAUUUUAUCUAAUGGAAACUUGGAAUCUUCAUACACACAGACACCUAAGAAGACUUAGGAUAAUCUUAUAUCUGUAGCUGAAAAAGUUUUAAUAUAUUGUUUUGCUCUUCUUGACAUUCUCAAUGCAAGAACUUUUUCCAGUGCAGUGCAAUUGAUGGUGUUUAGAAUUUUAGGCUCCAGGUUUUAACAACACUGUGUUACUGUCAGAUUUGUGACUUGUUUCAAAACACUUCCCGAAACUCUUUAAUACAACUACUCAUUCUUUUAUGCUUGUCUUUAAAAAGCUAGAUGACUCGUAUACUGUAGCUGAAAAUAAAGCACUGUAAAUAACUCAACAAGUAAUAAUAAAUAUUAAUAGCUGUUAACUCGCUGUUCCUAAAACUGCCCUUGCAAACUUGGUGUGAGUAGAAACUAUUCAUUGAGGAGGUAGUCCUAUGGGAAAAAAUAAUAGUUUUCUCUGCUGUUAAGCUUUUGAUUGAGACCAGGCACUCAAGGUGGAAAAAGAGAACAUUUAUAUAUUUAAGAAACAGAUCUAUGUGCAAGCUGCUGUACUUUGGUUGGCAACAUUGGCUUAAAUUUGGAAUUAUUCCAAAUAAAAUCUAAAGGUUUCGAUUACACAAUAGCAAGCUGACAUUCUUAAUAAAAUGUGUUUUGUAUGCAAA